AUGAGCAAAGAUGCAUUUUUAUUUUUACUUCACAGGAUCUUGGCUAAUGACACAGAAAAAGACCAAGUGCAGAAAAGAUUCCACAGAAAACAGCCAGGUUUGCCCAGAGGGAAAACUAAGGCUGAGGGUUCCAAAGUGAAUAGUGAAUCAAAAAUCCUGGAAGGAAAGAUCGCUGGACUCCUUAUUUCAGCGAAAGUCCAGAGACCAUGCCCGCCACUUAGGCCAACCCCCGCCCCCGGCCCCGCCACAAACACCCACCAUUUAUACACACUCGGAAGACCCUCACAGAUCAUUUCUGUAGAAGGGGUGCAUUUUGUGGCUGCUGCUGCUGCACAGUUGGUGAAAAUCGUGGAAAGGGGGGCGGGGUACUGCAUCCGUGCCUGUGCCGAGGCGCGGAGUGGGAACAGCCUGGACGUGUCCGCUGCCGGCCUGCCCCAAGACCGCUGGUUGGUGCCACGGGUGGGCAAAGGCAACACCGCGGGGUGGAGAGCGGCGCGGAGGGUGGCGCUGGCGCAUGAAAGGCGUCUUUGUGCGGGACUUGGGGGUGAGGAGGCGGUGAGAAUGGAGAGAGCUGAGCCGGGACCUGGAGGCUGGGAUUCUGAGGCGCCGCUACCAGCCGCUCCUCGGCGGCGCUGGAAAGGUCCGGGUGGCCGAGAGAUCGCGCUGGCUGGAAGGGCGCAGCCCCUCGCCCGGCGCUCACUCAGCAGUCAGGGAGGCGAGAAAGCGGCCCCCGAGGCGGAGCCUCCGUCCUGCCCCCGGGUAUCGCUGCCCCCACCUGGGGGAGAGAGGCGGGCGCCGCGCUGCCCUCCCUCUGCGCCCCCGCCGCGUGGCUUGCGGCUUAUUUUCCCAGCUGGCAAGCGUCGCGCUGCAGACAAGGGAAUGCCUGUGGGCUGGCGCUGUAAAGGACAGUUGGAGCCUAUGACUCAGGGACAGCUGGCCACAGAAGUACCUCUAGGGUACCCUUCCCCGUUUCUUGAGGAGCCCGCAGGGAUCGUGGGGGCCGGCUGUGUACGCUCGGGUGAUGAGACCCACUCACGCCCCGGAACCCCUCCUCCCGGGGGCGCAGCGCUCACGCCAGGCUCUGGGGUCUUCUCUCACACCCAGGUCCUGCGUGCUCCAGAACUCGGGGGCCCCCUGAUCCCGUCAAGCCCCUUCCAGGAUCGGAAGGCAUUGGAGCUGGAGGAAUGGAUGCGCUAUAAGCGACCAUUCACCAAGCUCUUGCUUUCCAAGCCCACUCGGGAUCUUGCUAACAGUCCGAAUUUACCCUGCGAGUCUAGCCUCGCACAGCUGCCAGCGAAUUCCGCCGGGAGCUGGAGGAAGAAGAGGAAGCGAGGUGCGUCCCACGGUCCAUGCCGCAGCUACAGCCACGAGCCCGACACGGCGCCCGCGCCGCCGCCCUCGCCGGAGCUCACGAGACCUGCAUGGACGGGCAUGGGCUUGAGAGCAGCACCUUCCUGCGCCGCUGCCGCCGCCUCCGCUGCUGCCGCCGGGGCUGAGCAGCGCCGCCGCCCCCAACUCUGCCCGCCGCCCCUGGCGUUGCUGCUGCUGCUGCUGCUCAGCCUCGGGCUGCUCCACGCAGGUGACUGCCAACAGCCAGCCCAGUGUCGAAUCCAGAAAUGUACCACGGACUUUGUGUCUCUGACUUCACACCUGAACUCUGCCGUUGACGGUUUUGACUCGGAGUUUUGCAAGGCUCUGCGCGCCUAUGCUGGCUGCACCCAGAGGACUUCAAAAGCCUGCCGUGGUAACCUGGUGUACCAUUCUGCUGUGCUGGGUAUCAGUGACCUCAUGAGCCAGAGGAACUGUUCUAAGGAUGGACCCACAUCUUCUACCAACCCUGAAGUGACCCAUGACCCUUGUAACUAUCACAGCCACGCAGGAGCCAGAGAACACAGGGGAGGGGAUCUGAACCCUCCUAGUUACCUUUUCUGUGGCUUGUUCGGAGAUCCUCACCUUAGAACUUUCAAGGAUCACUUUCAGACGUGCAAAGUGGAAGGAGCCUGGCCACUCAUAGAUAAUAAUUAUCUUUCAGUUCAAGUGACGAAUGUGCCUGUGGUCCCUGGAUCCAGUGCUACCGCUACAAAUAAGAUAACCAUCAUCUUCAAAGCUCACCGGGAGUGUACAGAGCAGAAAGUGUACCAAGCUGUGACCGAUGACCUGCCGGCGGCCUUUGUGGAUGGCAGCACCAGCGGCGGGGCUGGCGACCCCAGGAGCCUGCUGAUCGUGGAGAGGGAGAGUGGCCGCUCUGUGGAGAUGCACGCCCGCUACAUCGGGACCACGGUGUUCGUGCGGCAGCUGGGCCGCUAUCUGACGCUCGCCAUCCGCAUGCCCGAGGCCCUGGCAAUGUCCUACGAGGAAAGCCAGGACUUGCAGCUGUGUGUCAACGGCUGCCCCCUGAGCGAGCGCAUCGAUGACGGGCAGGGCCAGGUGUCUGCCAUCCUGGGGCCCAGCACGCCUCACACCUCUCUGGCACCAGCCUGGCCGGGCUACACCCUGGAGGCUGCCAGUGCUCAGUGCCACGAGAGGAUGCCCGUGAAGGACAUCUAUUUCCAGUCCUGCGUCUUCGACCUGCUCACCACUGGGGACGCCAACUUCACAGCUGCUGCGCACAGUGCCUUGGGGGACGUGGAGGCUCUGCACCCGCGCCGCGAGCGCUGGCACAUUUUCCCCAGCGGCAGCCAGGGGGUGCCCCACGGAGGUGGCCCCGGGGCUGUCACUCUCGGACUCCCAUGCUUGAUCCUCGUUGUGUUUUUGUAGGGGGCGUCUUGUGUUUUUUUUUAUUUCUUGUCUAUAACAGAAUUUUAAAAUAUAUAUUGUCAUAAUAUAUUGAGUAAGAGAGUAUAUAUAUCUAUAUAUAUGUAUAUACCAUGUAUAUGACAGGGUGUGUGUCCGGGGGCCCCCACCAGAGUGUACAUAUUGUGUUCGACUGUCUUCGUGGAUGUUGGAUGUAGUGUUCUUUGAUUGUAUUGAUUUUUGUUUUGCCGUUUUGUGAAAUAUUUUAUAACGUCCCUGCCUGGGGACCUGUUAGAAAGCACUUUAUUUUUUAUAUAUUAAAUAUUUAUGUGUGUACCUGGUCAGUACGUAUAGUACAUAUACCCAGACACCAGACGCAGCGCUCCCUUCGACGAGGACCAGGGACGGUGUGUGGAGCUGUUCCUGGCCGCUCGAUCCUGCCUCGGCCCCUGGCUACUGAUCUGCCACCCCAGGGGCACAGCUUUCACUCGCCACCUUCUGGGGGCAGCUGCAUCCUUCCUGUGAGGCAGGGGGUGUCCUUAGCCGCCUCCUGCCCUCACUCGAGGUGGACGGACCGCGAACUCCCCCCUGACAGGUGCUUGGGCUCUUGUGAAACUGCAUCUCGAAGGCACCCUCACCCUCCUCCUCCACAGCUGUCACUUUGUCAGAGGGCAGGGAGAAUAUUACCACAGCUUUAUGAACUAGGAUCGUUUUAUCUGAGCACUUACCGUAUGUGGGGUUGAGGCAGACAAAACUGCUGUUUUGAUCGGUCAGAAGGGUCUAGAGGUGGCAAUUUCACAGAUAAAUACCAGGCGUGUGGCUAGACCCGAGGAGCUCUCAGACUUGCCCUCAUCCCAUGUCCCUGUUGAAACUAUCACACGUUGCUCUUCUAAUUGUGCAAGCCCAAGUUCUUAUUCUUAGCCUUCUAGUCCUUGGCUGCUGGCGCUCAGAAACACACUGUUCCCUGUCUCUACCCCCCUCCGUAAACCCGCCUUAAUCUCACCUUAUGAACCCAGAGAUGAGGGUUUGUUGGAUUCUUGCUUCAUAUCAAGGCCCAGCUCCCGUCACAAAGUGGGCCACUCCUCCUUGCCCUCCACACCACGGUCUUCCUCACGGUCGCCGAUGUAUCUGUUGCAUGAUGGAGUGAAUAGGGUGUUAGACGACAGGAACGCUUUCCUGGCCCAACCCACUAUGCGACUAACUGGGUGCUGGUUAAUCCAGACGUUCUCACUAAGCAAUGUUGCUCCCCAGGCGGUCUCUCUCUUUCAUCAGACACUCUCCCUCUUACCAUCUGUAGUAGUAUUUUGUCAGUUGCUCACGUAGCUGGUAAAAUUCCUCUAAAGUCUCUCCUUGCCUCCUCCCUUUCACUGUUGCAUCCCCUUGCAAAAGGAAAGCACCACAACAAAAUGCAAGCACCAUGAGGACGUGAGUUCUAGGGUAGGUAAAUUUCUCUUCUAUGUAAAUGUUUGGUACCAAGGAGAAAGGAUACAAUUUGUACCUUACCUAAGUGCAAGGAAAAGUCAAUGAACUUCAAAUACCACAGCAAUUUGGAUCCAGACUGUGCUCAGUUUUAGAUGGCCAGGUAAUUUCUGCCUCUUGCCAUGUCCCGUUGAUUAGGCUUACUGCCAGAGGCCCCGACUGGCAGGAAAAAAGGAUUUCGUUUUGUGAAAUUCUAUUUCUCAGUGAACUGAGCUAUCAUCCGAUCACAGGAUGGAGCUGUGGGUUCGUCUACAGGUGGCAACCCUCCUCUCGUUUUCUGAUGUGUGACAGAAUCAUCAUGGCAAGUCUGGGAAGAUCACAAAGGCAUCCUGCCACUUACUUGAUAAAGAUGUAACACCAGAGAAUUGAAACCUAAACCGGUUAACUUUUUAUAAAAACUGGACUGGAGCCUACCUGCCAUCGUCUCUGAACUGGGGCUGUUUUUGUUCACCUACGGAACCGUGUGCCACGUUCAGAAGCUAGAGUUAGCUAGUAACUUCGUUAUGUAAUUGAGUAGAACAAAGGAGGAAAAAUAGAGUACUUAUAACCACUAUUCUUGUGCAAACAGUAUAAAAGUGAAGUAAAAGCAGUAGAAAUUUCUACAGUAUCUGGCUUUAGAGUGUAUAUGGUUAAGAGAACCUUUGUCCUUUUCAGGGAAUAGUUGGGGAAAGACACUUAGGCUGUGUGGCCGCAUCAUAGAGCUGGGAAAGCCACUUAAAAGCGUUCUGUAGCACUAGUAUUUGUACCAGUGUAUUUGGCUAUUGUCCCUUUACAAUCAGUGCCCCUGUACCACAUUUACAGUCCCCACAGAUAACUGACAAAUACAGAUGCUUCUCUAGAGAAGGACCAGGUUAUUUUUCCGUUUCUUUUCUAGGACUUCUAGAGAAAAUAGUACUUGUACAUUUUGGUUCUUUAAAUCCUCCUUAGUCCACAGAGAUUCAGGUUAUACCAACAUGUGGAUAGGCUGUAACUAUUCAAAGGUCUCCUGGGGGAGCUUAAAACUUGGGGGAAAACACUGGUUUUCACAGAUGCUCCACAUGGCUAUCUUUAAAAGACUCAGAACAUUUUUUUUUGUCCUUUUCUUCUCUUUGUUAUGCUUGGAAAUUCCCAGUGUGUCGAGUCUUUGCAAAGAAACCUUUAGAUGUGGUUCAUAGGCAUAUGAAUAAGUAUCUGUGUAAAACAGUGAGUGUGCGGUGUGUAAAUACUUUAAAUUAUUAUGCUAGAAAAAUAAAGUUACAUACCAUGCUG